UAAAAAUUCAACCCAUUCUCUACAGUGGCUCAAUCAACCCGAGAAUCCAAAAAUUCCCGCCAGUGGAGAAGAAGGUAAAGCCUCUUAUUUCAAAGAGGAACAAAGUCAAACACGCAGAGAGCAAAAAUGAAGAAGAAAGCAGGUCGCAAAUCGCCGUUGCCAGUUUCACCUGCUUCUCCAACUCCACAAUCGAUCAUUCUCGAGAACAGAAACAGUAACAAGAAACCACCAACUGCUUCAGUCUUCAGAACUCAGCCUCAAAAUUCCUUAGCCUCCAUCUCCGAUCUCAAGGAUAUGGCGUCUUCUCGCUUUCACUAUCUCAAGUCCGACCUCAUCGAUCACUCUCACUCUCAGAUUCUCAACGAUCUCGAAUCUUUUCAGUCUCGUCUCCACAAACGCUUCAAGAUCCAGUCACAGACAUGCCAACAGGUGAUGGAUGAAGCCGAUAAGGAUUUUAAAAAGAUGUCUAAAGAUAUCAAUGAAAGCUGCGAAGCAAUGAAGGAAUCUUAUGAAGAGCUCAUGACAGAUGCACAAGCCACUACAUCCCGUGUGUGCAAAACCUCCAUUCCUGAACUUACAAAAUCAUACGAGAAAGCAAUUGGUAUUCUCCAAAGCCGUUAUGGGAUCCCGUCAGCUUAACCAUUCAAUGAGAAAUUCUUUUGAUCUCUACUAUGCUCCAACUACUUGCCUGAGGCUUUAUUUUUGUUAAUGGUGGCAAUCCUUGACUCGAUUAACAACACUGGUGAGGGUGACUAAGAAAAAGAAGAUAUCAUUCAUGGAUUUGUUGGUUUUAGUUGUGUAAAUUGAUUCGAUUUAUACAUGUUUCUUAAUAUCUUUGUUAUGGACAGCAGUUUCCAGUGCCCAUGUAGCUUUUUUUACGAUUAUGUGGGAUCCCCGUAUCAUAAGAGCACUCGCA